AUUACUAGUCAGAACAACAAAAUUGAACUCAAAUAACAUUUCACUGUCUGUUUUCUGUAAAUGGGUUAGUUUUAGUUUGUCUACAUUGCACAUUAACCGACAACAAGUGUAAUUAUGGUUGAAUACACGGUUUUGUUGUUCAUGUGUGUGCGAUUGAUCAAUAUCGGAUAAAAAUAACCUAGACAUUAUCCCGAAUGAUAAGUAGUGGCAACUUUUUCCUUUAAUGGUCCUUGAAUAUUCAUAAAAAAUGUUGAUUAAUUAGCUUGGCUGGUUGUGCAAGUUAGUAGUUUCUUUGAGGGACCUAGUUACUUUUAUAAUGGGCUGUUGAAAAGUAUGCAUAAUUUGACAACUGUGUAUACUGUGAGUCUGUGGCUACUGUUACAUGUUCCUAUUUAUAUAAAAGAUAACUAAUUUUUGGUUCACUCUUUUGAUCAAAUUUCUGGGGUUAUACUACUUAAGCUUGUUGUGUAGUUUGUGAAAGUGGUCAGUUGGAUUGCUGGAUAUGAAGAAACCUGCUAUGAGUAUUUCUGUUGUCCUUCUUGUAUUAGCUGUUUUCUGCUCAUUUGGGUCAAUCUGUUGUAUUAAGUACGAUGUCGGUGCUGGUGUUGUUGAUGGUAAACUGAAUGUACAUUUGGUUGCACAUUCACAUGAUGACGUUGGAUGGUUAAAGACAGUUGAUCAGUACUAUGUUGGAUCAAAUAAUAGCAUUCAGGGUGCUUGUGUUGAGAAUGUCUUGGACUCGGUUGUGGAAGCAUUGCGGCGUGGUCCUAAUCGGAAGUUUGUUUUUGCUGAACAGGCUUUCUUUCAGCGGUGGUGGGCGACCCAAGACAGGGAAAUACAAGAGGAAGUAAGAAAGCUGGUGGAUAGUGGACAGUUUGAAUUCAUUAAUGGUGGUUGGGUGAUGCAUGAUGAAGCAGCAACCCAUUAUAUAGAUAUGAUUGAUCAAACCACGCUGGGUCACCAUGCUAUAAAGAAACAAUUCAGCAGGAUACCCCGUGUUGGAUGGCAGAUUGACCCUUUUGGACAUUCUGCAGUACAGGCUUACCUUCUUGGAGCUGAGCUUGGGUUCGACUCAGUGCAUUUUGCAAGAAUUGAUUAUCAGGACAGGGCUAUACGCAAAGAUCAUAAAUCUCUUGAAACUAUAUGGCGUGGAUCAAAGACAUUUGGGAGCUCUUCUCAGAUAUUUUCAAAUGCAUUUCCUGUUCACUAUAGUCCGCCAGAUCAAUUUCAUUUUGAAGUGGAAGAUCAGCGUCCCAUACCUGUCCAGGAUAAUCCCCUUUUAUAUGAUUAUAAUGUUGUAGAACGCGUUGAUGAUUUUGUUCGUGCUUCCCUUAGUCAGGCUGAAGUGACUCAAACAAACCACAUUAUGUGGACAAUGGGAGAUGACUUUCAGUAUCAGUAUGCUGAGUCUUGGUUCAAGCAAAUGGACAAAUUAAUCCAUUACGUUAACAAGGAUGGUAGAGUGAAUGCUCUCUAUUCGACUCCUUCUAUCUACACGGAUGCUAAAUAUGAUGCAAACGAGUCUUGGCCACUAAAAUCUCACGAUUAUUUUCCUUACGCGGAUGGUGAUAAUGCUUACUGGACAGGAUUUUUCACCAGCCGACCGUCCUUCAAGCGAUAUGUUAGGGAGCUAAGUGGAUAUUAUCUGGCAGCACGACAACUUGAAUAUCUUUCUGGAAGGAGAAGUGCUGGCCCAAACACUUAUAGUUUAGGAGAAGCAUUAGGAAUUGCACAGCAUCAUGAUGCCAUCACUGGCACAGCUAAGCAACACACUACAAAUGACUAUAUGAAACGCCUGGCAGCAGGGGCUUCUGAGGCAGAAGCUGUUACAAAUUCAGCUCUAGCUUGCCUACUGGAUGGAAAAUCACAAAGUCAUUGCAAUACAUCCACAUUUACUUUUGCUCAGUGUCCACUUCUCAAUAUAAGCUACUGUCCAUCAACUGAGCAAGAGAUUACAAAGGGGAAAAGUUUGGUUGUGGUGGCAUAUAAUCCUCUUGGUUGGAAUCGAACUGAUGUCAUCAGGAUCCCAGUUGAUAAUGCUAACCUUGUUGUCCAAGAUUCUAUGGGCAGUGUGGUUGAAUCCCAGUAUCUUGAUAUGGAUAAUGUGACCAUGAACCUGAGAAACUUCUAUACCAGGGCCUACCUGGGAGUAUCAUCAAAAAAGGUCCCCAAGUUCUGGCUUGCUUUUGGAGUGUCUUUGCCACCGUUGGGUUGGAAUACGUAUUUCAUUUCUGAGAAAAACGGAAAAGGAGGGAUCAAUAGAAGCAACGUAUCUGUUGUGGAGGGAGUACAGAACCAGGUAGUUGAUAUUGGACCAGGAAAUUUGAAGUUGUCAUUUUCUUCAUCUGGUCAACUACUAAAGAUGUUCAACUCUGAAAGUGGGGUUGAUGUACCAAUACAGCAAAGAUUUCUUUAUUAUACAAGUAGUUUGGGUGAUGAUGAUAGUCAGGCUUCUGGUGCAUAUAUUUUUCGACCUUCCGGUGAUCCAUCUGUCAUCCACAGCGCAGAGCCUAUGGUGGUUGUUCGUGGAGUACUUAUGGAUGAAAUUCACCAAAAGUUUGAUUCGUGGAUAUACCAGGUGACUCGACUAUACAGGGACAAGGAACAUGCUGAGGUAGAAUUUACGAUUGGUCCUAUCCCUGUUGACUUCGUUGGAAAAGAGGUGAUCACACGGAUGGAAACAAAAUUGGCCACAAAUAAAGAGUUCUACACUGACUCCAAUGGAAGGGAUUUUCUGAAACGGAUCCGGAAUUACAGGGAGGACUGGAACCUUACCGUCCACCAACCUGUGGCUGGAAAUUAUUAUCCGAUUAAUCUUGGGAUAUAUGCUAAUGACAGCCGCUAUGAGUUCUCAGUUUUGGUUGAUCGUGCCACUGGAGGAUCCAGCAUUGAAGAUGGUCAAAUUGAACUAAUGCUCCAUAGGCGUCUACUAGUGGAUGAUUCUAGAGGAGUAGGGGAGCCCCUUAAUGAAGAAGUUUGUGUUGAAGACACAUGCAACGGACUUACAAUCCGAGGACACUAUUAUAUGAACGUCCAUAAGUUAGGAGCUGGCGCUCAGUGGCGCAGAACCACUGGUCAAGAAGUUUACUCUCCUCUACUUUUGGCUUUCACACAUGAGAAUUCAGACAAUUGGAAGGCUUCCCGAUCAACAAAGGCAACCUCUAUGGAUUCAAACUACAGUUUACCUCUUAAUGUUGCUUUGAUAACUCUUCAGGAACUGGAUGACAAAUAUGUACUACUCCGUCUGGCACAUCUCUAUGAGGCUGGUGAAGACAGUGACUACUCGAAAAUGGCCACCGUUGAGCUUAUAAAAAUGUUCCCCGGAAAAAAGAUAAAAGAGAUAAAAGAGACGAGCUUAUCAGCGAACCAGGAGAAGUCUGAGAUGAAACAGCUGAAAUGGAGAGUUGAAGGAGAAGACUCAGAUAAUGUGGAAGAGCACAUCCCUCUUAGAGGGCGCCCUGUUGAUCGUGCCACCCUUAUUGUUGAGCUUGGUCCCAUGGAAAUCCGUACUCUUUUGUUGAAGUUCUAACUAAUAACUCCUAUUUACUUCAGUUUUACUCAACAUUUUAGUUUUUAUAUCUUAAUAAGUUGCUUAUUAGGCCAAGUAUAGUGUGUUUUACUUGGGUUUUGGACUUUUGGUCCUUGAGUUGCAAGCACCGACCAUGUUUAAUUGACAAGUACUGCUAUUAUUUUUUAAUUACCAAUAUAUCAUCGUUAAUUGAGAAUUAAUAAUUACUACAGACAUGGAAGUUUGCAGCA